UUCCUCUCAAGUGGAAAGACACGACAGCAUGGGCAACGGUGCUAAGGCACAACAGAGGCGCGAGCGGGCCACGAAGGACGGCAAGUCAUCAAAGGCCAGUCAGCUCAAGACAAAUACCGCGGCUCUCACUAUUGUCUGCAGCGUCUGUCGACAGACAUUUCUUCAGACUACGAGGGCGCCAGCUUUGGAGGAGCAUGCGCAGAAUAAGCACAGCAAGGGCCUUGCCGAGUGCUUCCCUAUGUUUGGCAAAUAAGAUCCGGAUUCGUCGGUCAUUCCGCCCUUAUCCGAAGAUAGCUUACUCCACACACCACGCGAUUUUAGACAAGUUGAUACGAACAAUGUCACCUAUUCCGACACUUACCGAUCUUGAAGCUGCGCGUGCAAAAGUGGCCAAUGAAUUGAGUGUGGACGUACUCAAGGGUGUCGAUUUACACAAGACUGAGCUGGCGCUUGCCAGAAACUUUACAUCUGAUACUAUCACUUAUCCUACCGAUGGAAUGAUUGCCUAUGCUAUGAAAGCUUCCCGCGGUGAUGAUGUAUUCAAGGCAGAUCAGUGCACCGUGGCCUUGGAGGCUCACAUCGCCCAAAUCACAGGCAAGGAGGCAGCUUUGUUCUGCGCCAGCGGAACUAUGACGAAUCAGCUCGCAAUUCGUACUCAUCUACUGUCGCCUCCACACUCGGUCUUGUGCGAUGCCCGGGCCCAUGUCCAUCGAAAUGAGGCGGGCGGAAUUGCGCAUCAUUCACAGGCGACGACGCUCCCCGUCAUGCCAGAGAAUGGGCAUCAUCUCACUGUCAAAGAUGUCAAGGCAGCUGCCAUCCUCAGCGAGGACGUUCAUCUUGCCCCAACUCGUCUAAUCUCCCUUGAGAAUACCCUCAAUGGUACCAUUUUGCCUCAAGAUGAGAUCGUUGCCAUCUCACAAUAUGCUCGCUCUUCUGGAAUCAAGAUGCAUUUGGAUGGCGCCCGGAUAUGGAAUGUUGCUGCGGAGACUGGCGCGUCUUUGCACGAGCUGUGUGAGCCGUUCGACAGUGUUAGUCUCUGUCUGAGUAAGGGCAUCGGAGCCCCGAUUGGCUCUAUGCUCGUUGGAAAUCGUGAAUUUAUCUCAAGGGCCAGAUGGUUCAGAAAGAUGUUCGGCGGGGGUUGGCGGCAGUCUGGUUAUCUGGCCGCGGCAGCUGCUUACGCUCUCACACACAACUUCCCUCUCCUGUCAGGGACACAUGCAUUGGCAAGAAAGCUAGAAGCGGGGCUUCGUGAUAUUGGUGUCGGCAUUUUAUGUUCCGGGACAAAUAUGGUUUUUUUCGAUGCUCGUUCCAUCGGGGUGAACUAUGAUGAACUCGUCAAGAGGGCGCUUGCACUUCCAGAACCAUUGUAUCUCGGAGGGUCACGGCUUGUCAUACAUUAUCAGACUUCGGAGAAGGCUGUUAACGACUUGCUUGACCUGAUUCAAGUUAUGGCCAAUGAGAAGCGCGCUGAAGGUUUCGUACCCGGUGUGCUAGAGCAACAGCCAGCCGAUGCGUAUUACCCGAAGAUGAAGGAAGUGUUCAUUCGGAGCGGCACCAAGGCAGUGGCGUAAAUCGAGUAUGGAGGCAGCAUGGUCGCGACAUUGCACUUAGGUAAUAGAGCAGUAAACAAUGGUAUAAGUAAAGAU